AUGACGUCCCAAAGCACCUUGCCUUUUGCUCAACGGGCCUCGAACCAUCCCAAUGCACUAGUCAAGAGACUGUUCAAUAUUGCUGAAAAGAAGAAGACCAAUAUCGUUCUGUCCGCCGAUUUGACCACCACCAAAGAACUUCUCGAUAUUGCAAACAGUUUGGGGCCAUAUAUAGCCGUCAUCAAAACACACAUCGACAUUCUAUCUGAUUUUGGGCCCGAAACCAUUCAAGGGCUCACCACUCUUGCGGAGAAGCAUGACUUCCUUAUUUUCGAAGAUCGAAAAUUCAUUGACAUUGGUAAUACUGUUCAAAAGCAAUACAAGGGCGGGGCUCUACGAAUCCACGAGUGGGCCCAUAUUGUCAACGCCAGCAUUCUAGCGGGUGAAGGAAUCAUUCAGGCUCUCGAUCAAACUAUCCGCGAGGAGAACGCACCCAACCGCGGAAUCCUAAUCCUGGCGGAAAUGACUUCUAAGGGCUCACUGGCAGUCGGGGAGUACACUCGAAUGUCGGUUCAAAUCGCGAGGAAGUACCCACAGAGCGUGAUGGGCUUCGUCUCCACUACGGAGCUUUCAAGCCAUUCCCCUAAUGCUGCAGCGGAUGAGGAUUUUGUAGUGUUCACCACCGGAGUCAAUAUUUCGAAUAAAGGAGACGCUCUUGGACAGCAAUAUCAAACUCCAACAACUGCGAUGAAAGGUGGCUCAGAUUUCCUUAUUGCGGGGAGGGGUAUCUAUGCUGCCGCUGACCCGGUUGCUGCUGUCAAAGAAUAUCAAUCUGCGGGUUGGGAAGCGUAUAGGCAGCGUUCGGCCUCGGCCAGUUAA